AUGCGGUGCCCCGGAUCGGCUGAGACGGAGCUUAGACACGGCUGUCGGCGGUCUCAGCAGUUUCAGCGGCGGCUGUUUUCGGCCGUCCUCGUCGUCGCCGCUUUGUCGACAUUGCCUGCGCUGCGAUGGGCCUUCGCAGGCCCGGAGGUGUCUCAGAGACGAAGUCUCGUUGCAAGACAUGCUGAGGACGCCGCGACCGCGAAGCUCUACACGCUGGAAGUGGGCCGCACAGAUCACUACGUCUGGAAGGAUAAGGAUGUCUUUGUCGGCAUCGUGGCUGAUGCCGGCGAGUGGACUAUCGACAUAGAUGCCGUCAGAGCUGGCUUCGACGAGGCUUGCGAGGCUGGGACUGCCGAGCUCUUCUCGGCCCCGCUCAAUGUCAUUAAGGACUAUGUCAAGGAGUUGACAUCCUAUGGCCUCGCAGCUCGA